CACGACCGUCCUUCCUUUCAUCCCAUCUAGGAUACUUUACUCAUCCCAUCUAUGAAUCCCAUCCACGUCAACCGAUGAGGAUUAGCCUCAUUGCAGGAAGGAAACACAACUGAUCGUCUCACCUUCCAGCAAAUUGCGUCGUCAUACACAUAUAAAGUUUUGACAAUUAAGGGGCUUGACCGACCUUACAGUAUCCUGCCAGCUUCCGCGACGUGAACCUUCACCUGCAGGCAUCCAUCCAAUCUCAAUCAGCGUUGGGCCAGUCAACCAACGGCGUCCAACAUCACGCCGCAAUGCUUGUACCCUACAGUGGGACCAGGCCGCUUUGAGAAGGUCCCUUGGCGAUGCAGGGCGGGGAUGCGACCAAGACCUUCCACUUUGGAGUUGGGACUUGGGAAUUGGGAAUUGGACAUGCAAUUCUGCCGUGAAUCCAGGGACGUACAGGAAGGUAGGUAAGGGUACCUAGGUAGGUACGUACGUGAUAGAAUGGCGGCGAGGAUAAAGUAGGUAGGCAAGAUAUAAACCAGCCCUGCCCUUCUCUCUUCUUCCCUCUUCUCCUCCUCUCCUGGGGCUGCCUGCAGCCAUUGAACUCCCCUCGUUCGCAGUUUGUGCCCUCCAGUCGCUCACUUACUCACUGCCUGCUCCUCUUCCCACCAUGAAGUACGUCCUCAGUACCCUCGUCCUCGCGACAUUGGCCGCCGGCGACUGCGCAGCAGACAAUUGUCUCCGCGCAUUGCGAGCGACUCAAACCCCCGGUCGCCUGUCAUCCGCACGAGAGUUCUGUUCCACUUUUACCGCGGGAAGUGUUGCUGCUACUGCCAUCCCGUCGUAUGCCCUCAAUGCCUGCAAACAGAACCAGAAUGGUGCUCUUUCGGUGAGAUUGUCGAGUGCUUGCAAUUGCAUCGCGGCGACGAGUGCUUCUUCGGGCCCUUCAAUUACGGCUCCGCCAUCGAACACUGCUUCUGCCACGUCUGUUUCUACUUCGGCUUCGGCAAGCUUGACUGAAGCAUGUGCACUCGUGAGCAGUUCGUCUUCAGUCCAAAGAGCUGCUUCUCCAUCUGCUACACCAACUGUGGCUGCCCAAUUGGCCCACGACUGCCUGAAUUCCGUUCCCUUGAACAAGACUGCUGCACUCCAAUUAGUGGAUAGCAUGGUUCCUUACAUUGAAUGGCAAAGUGACACGGCAUGGAAGAAGAACCCCCCUGCCGACUACUUUUACCCGCCACAUGACAUCUUUGGAUAUCUGGCAUCUGUGAAGGCGAACCUCCAAGCUAACAAAUAUGCAAAUGAAUACGAAUUCCAAGAAGAUCUGUACCAGGUGUUCGCGAGGGGACACGAUGGUCACUUUGUCUUUUAUCCGGAUGCGCUCACCAAGGCGUUUGAGUGGGGCAGAAAGAGAUCUUUGGUGUCGAUUAGUGAGGAUGGAACUUCGCUCCCAGUGAUCAAGCUCUAUGAAGACGUAAAGGCAUCUCCAUCAACAGCUUCGGUUGUCACACAGAUCAAUGGAGUCGAAGCAUCGAAAUAUGUGGCCGACUUCAUCUACACUGCGUCUUUCAAUCAAGAUGCGGAUGCUGCGUAUAACACUAUGUUUUACGAGAAGGCUUUCGAAGCAGGUGGCACUGGAACGGGCUAUUUCUCAGCCGGUGGACGUAUCCGAUACAUCUAUCCUGGAUCAAACACUACCUUCACGUUCGCCAACGGCACUACGCUCGUCACGGAGAAUAUUGCCAAGGUCAAGGGACUGUUCAGUGCGGUUACAGACGGAGCUUCAUUUUACCAAAGAUUCUGCACCGGUCCCAAAUCUUUCACCGGAGCUGAUGCCGCCGAGGUAGCUGAAGAAGAGAUCGAGGAUGAGCCUGCCGCUGCUGAGGUGGUUAACCCAGGAUAUCCAGCACCCAUCCUCAUCACCAGUGACGGAAUUGUCUCCGGUUACUACCUCAACGGGACCGGAUUCGAGGAUGUCGCAGUCAUCAGUCUUCUCGCUUUCGAGUCAGAGUCGAUUGUUGAAUUCCAAACUGUCGCUCAAGACUUCUUUGCUGCUGCAAAGCGUGAUGGAAAGACUAAGCUCGUUGUUGAUCUCAGCGCCAACGGUGGCGGUUACAUUCUCCAAGGCUACGAUCUAUUCAGACAGUUGUUUCCAUCAAUUGUCCAAGAUGGAUACUCUCGAUGGAGAGAAAGCGACACUUUCCUUGCAAUCGCAGAGAUUUACUCGGCCAACUCUGCAAACUUUGAUCCUGAUACAGCAUCUGCGGAUAUCAUUAACCAGUACGAGAGCGUCUUCAACUACCGCUACGAUCUCAACUUGACGAACCAGCCAUUCUUGACUUUCCAGGAUAAGUUCGGGCCGAACGUCAUUGAUGGUGUGAACUACACCGAGAUCAUGAGGUGGAACUUGGAUGAUCCACUCACCACCAGCAACGACACUUUUGGUCUAGGCACAGACGUGACUGGCUAUAGAAGCAGAAAGAACUUCACGCAGCCUUUUGAAGCCGAGAACAUCAUCAUGCUCCUGGACGGCUACUGCGCCUCAACCUGCACCCUCUUCACAGAAUUCAUGCGCACCCAAGCCGGCGUGAAAUCCAUCGCUAUGGGUGGCCGCCCUCAACCCGGCCCCAUCCAGGGCGUCGGCGGUAUCAAAGGCGCCCAGAUCCUCGCCUGGUCAGACAUCUUCCAAUACGCCAACUCCGCACUCCGCACUGCGUCCGCCGCCCAAGCCGCCAUCCUCAACCGCCUCACCAGCUACCCCAUUAACCGCGCCUCCAGCAGCGGCGUCAAUGUGAGAGAUAACAUCCUGCCGGGUAAUCUGGAUGAUGGCUUGCCGGCGCAGUUUGUGAGGGAGGAAGCGGAUUGUAGGUUGUUCUAUACGCUGGAUAUGGUGAAUGAUGUUACGGCUUUGUGGAAGGCUGCUGCGAAUGCGGCGUUCAACGGGGGGAAGUGUGUUGCUGGUGGUAUCUCGAAGAGAUCUGCUGGAAAUGAGAUUGAGGCCGUGGAGAAGAGACGUACGCAGACGCCGACGAUGAAGAAGCCUUUGAAGAAGCGCUCGAGUAAGAGCUUGCCUGCGGAGUGGGUUGAGAGGCAUGGAAGGAAGGUCAUUCAGUAGAUGGGGAUGAGGGGGAUUCGUGGAGAGGGAAAGCAAUCGAUUGGUGAUUUUGAGAGCUGUGCUGUGAUGUGAUGUGAUGGGAAGAAAGCUCUUUGCUGGGAAAGUUACUUGCUUGUAUGAACUUGAGCAAGAAGUAAAAUGUGAUAUGAUACACGAAACUAGGAAGAAAGAAAGCAAAUGAAAAUAAACCACCGACUACUGCUA